AACUUAAAAAGCUAUAGGCAUCUAUCUGUAGCAACUGUUGAACAAGUGACAACCAUAGAUCUUUCUUCAUUCUCUUCAGAAGGCUCAGGAAAUGAAAAGAUUCUGGAUUUUGAUAUCAAGGAGUUUGAAAAUGACAGCAAUAUAGAGAAGAUUUUAUAUUUUAAUAUCGAAGAGUUUAGAAAUAACAAUAAUAUAGAAGACCUUUUCCAGAAACUGUUUAAAGGUGCCUAG